AUGACAGCUCAAGUGAUGGUGUUUUUUAUGGCUGGUUUUGAUACAAUUUCCACAACACUCAGCUUUUGUUGCUAUGAACUAGCAUUAAAUCCUGUAAUUCAAGAAAAAUUACAUCAAGAAAUUGUAAAUACGCAAUGCCGCAAUAACAACAAAUUAAACUAUGAUAUUAUAAAGCAUAUGACGUAUUUAGAUAUGGUAAUAUCAGAAUCACUGAGAAAAUGGCCGCCUGCUCUCUUAGUAGGACGCUGUUGCACUCAAGCGCAUAAAAUUCCACCUCUCAGAGAUAACGAAGUUGAAGUACACUUGAAUGCAGUGCUCAUAUCAGUGUUUGGAAUCCAUCGAGAUGAUCAAAUCUAUCCGGAUCCAGAUUGUUUUGACCCUGAAAGAUUCACCGAGGUGAACAAAAAGUCAAGAUGUCCUUAUUCUUACUUACCGUUUGGCUUGGGACCGAGAAAUUGCAUUGCUGCUAGAUUUGCGCUCAUGGAAAUGAAAACAAUGUUAGUUCAAUUAUUAAUUAAUUUUGAGAUUGUAACAACCGAUAAAACACAGAUUCCACUAAAAAUUGGCAAAACCCACAUGAGUCUAUCAUCAGAAAAAU